AUGACACUAGAUAUGAAUGAGUUACUACCUCCAGAAAUAUCUGGGGAAUUAGUAAUGACUAUAGUUUGUGUGUUUGGUAUUUGUGUAUUAUCAUCUGCAAUUUUAGAAGCAUUAUUUGGAAAUAAAACUUUAAUUAAUGGGAAAUUCAGAGUACCUUUGACUGUAGCUUUAUUUGCAUAUGGAAUAGCAUUAGAUUAUGUAUUAAGAAGUUUUGAUUUUGGUAUAAUGAGUUUAGCUAUUAGAAAAGCAGAAGGAAUACAUCCAAACAUCAUAUUUACUGUUUUGUUACCAAUUUGUUUAUAUGAAUCUUCUUCACAACUAAGUUAUCAUAUUUUUAAAAGGAAUUUGAUGUCAUCUGUACUUUUGGCAUUACCUGGAGUUAUAGUUUCAAUGAUUCUUACAGCUGUAUACAUGAGAUAUGUUGUAGGAGGUGUAUUUGAUUGGACUUGUGCUUUUUUGAUUAGUUCUGUAUUAUCAGCUACUGACCCAGUAGCUGUAAUUGCAUCUCUACAUCAAUUAAAUGCCCCAGAGAAGUUAGCUUCUUUAGUUGAUGGUGAAGCUCUUUUAAAUGAUGGAGCAGCAGUAGUAUUUUUUCAAGUUUGCAAGAAUAUUUUAAUUAAUCGUACACUAGUGUCAUCCGUUAUAUUUACAUCUAGUUGGAUUUUUAUUCGUUGUGCUAUAGGAGGUCCUUUAUUAGGUAUAAUUUUUGGAGGAUCUGUUUAUUUACUGUUCCGAUUUAUUCGUUCACCAAGUGAUGUACAAGUUAUUGUGGUUAUAACUGCAGUUUAUACAUUAUUUCUUGUUAGUGAAUUAAUACAUUCAUCAGGUGUACUAGCUGUAGUAGUAUAUGGGUUAUUUAUGUCUUCUAGGGGUGCAAUUUUAUUUAAACCAAAGACUCAAGAGAUUCAUCAUACUAUAAUUAAUUUUCUAAGUAAAUUGGGAAAUAAUAUGAUUUUUCUUCUUGCAGGAAUUGUGAGUGCUCGCCUUUUCAGACCAUAUAUUACUAAUAUAAGUAUGCUGUGCAAUUUAAUUUUACUAUUUUUUGCAAUAUCUAUAGUAAGAGGUAUAAUGGUUCUUGUUUUAUUACCUUUACUAUCCAGAAUAGGAUAUGGUUUAACUAUGAAAGAAGCUAUAAUCCUUAUUUGGGGGGGUUUAAGAGGAGGUGUUUCUCUAGCUUUAGCUAUGAGUCUUGAAUCAGAGGAUUAUCUAGAUAAUGAACUUAGGGGACAAAUAACAUUUUAUGUUGCUGGGACAGUACUUUUGACACUUUUAAUAAAUGGUACUACAGUUGAAUUAAUAUAUAAAAAACUUCAAUUAUAUAAAACUCCGAAAUUCCAUCGAUUAUUUUUUAGUAAAGUAAUGAAAUCUAUUGAUGAAGAAUAUAAAAAUGUAUGCAAACAACAACUUAAUAAUCAUUGGUUUUUUCAGGCUCAUCCAGGAUUAUUAGAAUUAUGUAAUACAUUUAUUCCAAAGUUGGGGAAUUCAGAAAUGACUGAAUCUGGAGAUAUAAUUUUAUGUGAUUUACCUGAAGUUGCAACUUUUCUUCAAAAUGUUAAGAAUACAACAAUAUCUUUUGUAACCCAAGCUCCACCUAUUCCAGAUAAUAUUUCGAAGGAAUCACUAAUUAAACAACGAACUAUAUCAUGUUUAACGAGAACAGAUGAUAUGGAGGAUUCGAUUUUUGAAGAUGCAUUAAAAUUAAAGAAUAUUAGGAGUUCAAUCCUUGGUAUAGAUUUGUCAGAACCUAUCACAACAAUAGAUUCGAAUAAUAUUUUAAAUUUUUCAAGAAAUCAUUCAAAUUUAAUACAUCCAAAGGAUGAAUUUUCAGAUAAUUCAUCUAUUCAAAGAAGUAGUUUAGGAUCAAAUUUUGGGAGAGUUAAGAUAGGACGUCAAAUAUAUAUUGGUCAUAUGGUUUUAAAUACUGUUUGGCAAUUUUAUGAUUUAUUAUUCCACGACCAUAUUAUUUCUGGUAGUGCCUUAGUUGUUUUAAAAAGAGCUAUUUCAAAAGCUUUAUAUGUUUGUGAUGAAUUAAAUUCUCCCAUCCAUUAUUCUUUUACUAGUGAAUGGAAUUCUAUUAAAGACGAUUUAUGGUGUUAUUCAAAUAUGAAUGGAACAAAUGAAAACUUGUAUUCUGAUAGCUUAUUUGAUCAUGGAAAUACUUUUAAUAAGCAUUGGGGCUCACACUUUUGUUCCCCACUUUUAGGUAAUUAUAAAAAAAUUCUGCAAAAUUCACUUCAGUUUAGAGAUGUGGAAGUUCUUAUGUCAUUUGUUUCAGCUAGAUUUCAUUUAUUAACUCCUGAUUUUCAGGAAUUACAAUCAUACCUUGGAUAUGGUAGUAUUCAAUUAUUUCAGAAUCAAAUAAUUGAAGCUCAACAAUAUCUGGAAGCUUUGUCAACUUCACCAGAACAAUACAAUACAGCAGUUUCACAUAUUGCUGUAAAUAUUUUAUUUAAUGCUAAGAAUGAGGCUAUGGAACACCUUGUAAAAUCAAGGUUAUUACUUGAUGAAGAUGAAGAGAAACUUGUUGAUUUAUGUGAAGAUAGACGUUUUCUAUUAAGCUCAUCAUUAUCCAGAGAAGUUAUAUCGACCGAUUAUGAUAUUGGCAACUAA